AUGCCGUCGCUUUCAAGUGUUGUGACUCACUUCUUCCGACCUAAGCCGACGUUCACGGAGCAGGACCUUCCAGACCUGCAGGGAAAGAUAUACAUUGUCACCGGCUCCAGCACAGGAACAUCCUGUCCCGGAUACUACGAUGAUUGCAAGUUGUCGACCACCGACAAUCUCAUCCCUGAUGGAUAUGACAGCAACAUAAACAUGCCUACUAACGUCGAACAGGUCUAUGUUGCGGCUCGUACCGAGCGCAAGGGUCAACAGGCUAUCGACAACAUCAAAGCGUCUGUGCCUUUCUCUAAGGGAUCUUUGGUCUUUCUACAUUUUGACCUGAGUGACUUACUUAUUGUGAAGGCUGCAGCGGAAAGCUUCCUUGCCCAGGAGAAGAGACUCCAUGUCCUGUUUGACAAUGCCGGUGUUAUGAGCUCGCCCGUUAAGUCGGUGCAAGGCUACGAGCUUAAUUUGGCUCUCAAUUGUAUUGCCACCUUCCUAUUCACGAAGCUACUGACUCCAAUACUUGUCAGCUCAUACGGAUUUGAGUUGCGUGCAGUUGAGGGCGUUGCCGUCUCGACUGAUAAUCUAGAUUAUCAUCAACCUGUGGGAGCUUCGAUGCGCUAUGCCUUGAGCAAGUCUGGAGUCUGGGCGCUGGCAAUCGAGCACUUUCGCCGAUUUAAGGGUGACGGUGUCCUCAGCGUGGCUAUCAACCCUGGCAAUUUCCAACCCAAGCCUUUCCGCGACCAGGGCUCUGCCAUGAAGUUUGUUUGCAGACUACUCGGUUACCCUUUCACUUACGGCGCGUGCACUGGACUAUAUGCUGCAUUCGCAUCUGAUGUCACAACGGCUGACCGGUACAAGUAUUGGGUUGGACCAUUUGGGAGAAUUUUUCCGCUGCGCCUGGACCUACACAGAGCUACGGUACCAGAGAGUGAAGGACGUACAGGGGGGACAGCAAAGUUUUGGGAGUGGAGUGAGCAGCAGGUCAAAACGUAUCUCUGA